CCUCAAGGCUCCGCCCCAUUUCCCAUCUUUCCUUUCAGUCCUUGCGUACCGGGGAACAAGGUCGUGGAAAAAAAGGUCUUGGUGAGGUGCCGCCAUUUCAUCCGUCCUCGGUCUCUGCGCCUUUCCCAGAGCCUCCAGCAGCGCUAUGUUGGGCCAGAGCAUCCGGAGGUUCACAACCUCUGUGGUCCGUAGGAGCCACUAUGAGGAGGGUCCUGGGAAGAAUUUGCCAUUUUCAGUGGAAAACAAGUGGUCGUUACUAGCUAAGAUGUGUUUGUACUUUGGAUCUGCAUUUGCUACACCCUUCCUUGUAGUAAGACACCAACUGCUUAAAACAUAAAGAUGUUUCAGUUCCUCCAUUUAACAGAUAUGAAGAGCAUUUUAAGAGGUGCAGCCUCUGGAAGUGGAUCAAACUAGAACUCAUAUGCCAUACUAGAUAUGUUUGUCAAUAAACUUAUGAUGUGAAUGCUUAA